CUCUCAAACUCAAGAUGCAUCUCUCCGCCCAUACUUGGAUGCGCCCAGAAUCCCUUCGGCGUACUCUCGAGCGUAUAAGUGAACUGGGCUACACGAGCGUAGAGCUCGCGGGAGAACCUUCUCUUUACCCUAUCGAGGAAACUCGCCAGCUCUUAUGUGAAUACAAUGUUAAAUGCUGGGGUACCGUCACUCUUCAACAUGGAACUAGGGACCUCACCACUGCCGAUCCCGCACAUCGCAAAACCACUAUCCAAUACAUGAAGGACGUUGUCUCAAUGGCCGCUGAACUAGGGGGCACAAUUGUCACUGUCGUCCCAGCUCGCGUUGGCAAGCUUUUCCCUUCAUCAUCACUGGAAAAUGAAUGGAAGUGGGCAGUGGAAGGGUUGCGUGAAGUAGCCGUACUGGCUAAGGAAAAGAACAUCCGAGUCGGAAUUGAACCUUUGAAUAGGUUUGAGACGUACUUCCUCAAUCGCGUGGAUCAAACACUCGCCCUCGCCGAUGCAGUGGGGCAUGAUUGUGAGAAAGACCUCUACGAAGCAUUACAGAAAGCCAAGCAUCGCAUUGUUGAUUUUCAUGCUGCAAAUCAUAACCGCCUUGCAGCGGGAGAUGGUAAUUUUAAUUGGCAGAGGAUAAUAACUGAGCUGAGAAAGGUGGGAUAUGAUGGCGCUCUUGCAGUAGAGUGUAUGCCACCAAUCGAUCGCACACCAAUAGGAAAUUUUGGUGCGACGCAGCUGGAAAGUGGAGAGAUUACAGUGCCUGAGGGGCAACUUCAAUUCAUUAUUGACCAUGGGUCAGGAGUGCUGUCAGAUGCAUACUAUACUGGGUUGAUGCGGCGGUCGGCCGAGACGCUACGUCCUCUCUUGGGCUGA